GUUCCUCGCGCGGUCGCGGCGGGCAGCAAAACCCAACAACCCGCAACUGUCCCGAGGCAUCCACCCCGACCGUCCCCAUUCAAAAUCUCCCCUCCGGCCCUCCGCUCCGUCGUCGUCUCGUUCUCGUCUCACUCCUCCUCCCCUCGUGAUUAUCCCCCCCGGAUUCCAAAUCCCAUCUCCGAUUCAUUCGUCCCCGUGUCCUUCGCGCGGGCGAUGGCGGGGGCUGCAGCGGGCGCGGAGGCGGUGGAGAAGGCGCACGGGCUCUACCGGGGCGGCCGCCACCGGGAGGCGCUGGAGCUCUACUCCGCCGCGCUGGCGGCGGCGCGGGGCCCCGCGCAGCGCAUCGCGCUCCACAGCAACCGUGCCGCCUGCUACCUCAAGCUCCACGAUUUCCACAAGGCAGCACGAGAGUGUACAUCUGUCCUUGAGUUGGAUACGGAGCAUGCCGGAGCUCUGAUGUUACGUGCCCAGACUCUCGUUACUCUGAAAGAUUAUCAGUCAGCUCUAUUUGAUGUCAACAGGCUCAUUGAGAUAAAUCCGUCAUCUGAAGUAUAUCGGAACCUGCAGGCACGAUUGAAGACACAGCUAUCACUAGCCCCAAUUCCUGAGUGUGAAGAGGAGUCUCUUUGUCUCGAAGAAGAAAAGGAAGAACUUCCUCCAAAAGUUCAGAAGACUGAGAAUUCUAUCACGAAGCCUAACCAACCUGCAACUGAACCUGUUCUCGAGAACAAACCUUCAAAUGGACCGAUUCUCAAUAGAAAACCUGCAACUGAACCUCAAAAGGUUGAGGUUCCAUCCGCUCUGCCUUCAAAACCCCAGGGUUGGGAGGCCAUCCCAAAACCAAAGGGCCAUUCAGGGCUUGAUUACUCAAAAUGGGACAAAGUUGAAGACGAUUCAAGUGAAGAUGACGACGAUGAAGAAGAAGAUGAGCUGCCACAGUACAAGUUUAAAGUCAGAACUGUUGGUGUGCGGUCUGUAAAGUGAACAGGGUUGGCAAUAGAUUCAGAGUGUGGUCUGUGUAUAGUCUAACAGGAUCCCCCAAUGACCAGGGUGCCAAUUAUUCAUCUUUAGUUGAGUUGUUUGGAAUGAACAGCUAUAUAUUGGUUGAUAUUUGCUUGAAUCAGAAAUAAGCUCAGGUUCCUGAUUUGUCCAAAGCUGUCUCACAAUGGCUCUCAAGUCCAAGGAGAGCAAUUGUAUGAAGCAAUGGGGAUGGAUAUGAUGGCAAAGUAAACAGUGUACAAAGAUCCAAAGCUAACACUCUAGUAGUCUAGUUCAAUUUAGGAUCAGUCUCAUGAUCACGUCGAAAGGUUGAACCUGUGUACCUAACCUGCACAUUCAUGUCAUCGAUUAUAUGAACCUAUUUUUAUAUGAACCAUGUGGUUAUUAUGCAAAAAUACUUUCAUCAGUUUCAAAUCA